UUGACUCGCAGUAACAUGGAGUAAACUCUUAAAAGCUUUCCAUCAGCCUGGAAAUGGAUGAAAACAUUUGAUUUAGGGAUGUUUCGGUUUUUUUUUUCUUUCACACCUGGCGUGACCUUUGAAGUGCAAUAGGUGGAGAGAGAGAGAAAGAGAGAGAGAGAGCGAGCGAGAGAGAGAGAGAGAGAGGAAGUGGCGAAGUCGAAGCUUCUCACCACAGUCAGCCUGACCUGUAAAAAGGAUCAGGAUGGAUUUGUGAGCUUAAGACUCACUGAAAUGCUGAAGAACUCUCAGAACACGGAAAACUUUGCCAAGGACUGAGGCUCUGCAGAAUUUAGAUGGUGGACAAGGACAAUGCAGUAAUGUCUGUUCUUGCUAAAUAAUAGCAUCAUUAGGCAAAAAGGAAGCUCAUCCAGGAACAACAUUCACACUUCCUUCUUGUAAAAUAUCGAUCUGUGCAAACGAUGUCAGCCACCAACACAACCAAAGCAAAAAGGGCAAGUCCAGCCUUCAAGCUGUCAAAGAAUAUUAAAAAGCCCACAGCUGCUACUCUGAAAGGUGCCAUCCAGCUGGCCAUUAGCUAUGCUGUGGGAAACCUCAGCUCCAAACCUGACAGAGAUGUUCUCAUGCAAGACUUUUCUCUGGUGGAGAGUGUCUUCUUGCCAAGCGAAGGCAGCAGUUUGACUCCAGCACAUCACUACUCAGACUUCCACCUGAAGACAUACGCACCACUGGCAUUCCGCUACUUCAGAGAGCUUUUCGGAAUCAAAGCAGACGACUACUUGUACUCCAUGUGUAAGGAGCCUCUAAUCGAGCUGACCAACCCUGGUGCCAGCAGCUCCUGGUUCUACCUUACCAGUGAUGAUGAGUUCAUCAUCAAGACUGUGCAGCCUAAAGAAGCAGAGUUCCUACAGAAGCUUCUUCCUGGAUACUACAUGAACCUGAACCAGAACCCAAGAACUUUGUUGCCAAAGUUUUAUGGCCUUUACUGCAUCCAGUGGGCUGGUUUCACUGUCCGUGUGGUCGUGAUGAAUAAUGUGCUGCCACGCGCCAUCAAGAUGCACUACAAGUACGACCUGAAGGGUUCGUCGUACAAACGCCGCGCCUCACAAAAAGAACGCGUUAAGUCUUCGCCCACAUUCAAAGACUUGGACUUCCAGGAGAUACACGAAGGCUUGUUCUUUGAUGCGGAGACCUACAACGCCCUAAUGAAGACUCUGCAGAGAGAUUGCAGGGUUCUAGAGAGCUUCAAGAUCAUGGACUACAGUCUUUUGCUGGGAAUCCACGUUUUGGAAUACAAAGUGUUCAGCAGGCAGAGCAGACUGGACAGUAGGAAAGGUCAAAAAGUCCUCUACUCCACCGCCCUGGAGUCCAUCCAGGGGACCGUGAAAGACCCAGCAAUAGUGAAAGAUGACGACACAUUGGGUGGAAUUCCUGCCAAACAUAGAGAUGAAAAACUCCUCAUCUUUCUGGGAAUAAUUGACAUCCUUCAGUCCUACAGGUUUAUUAAGAAGGUGGAACAUUCCUGGAAAGCCCUUCUACAUGAUGGGGACACGGUUUCGGUUCACAGGCCCAGUUUUUAUGCCGACAGGUUUCUGAGGUUCAUGGGAACGGUGGUAUUCAAACGUAUGCAAACAUUGAGAGGAACGUCUUCAAGGAGGGUGAAGAAUUCUUUUGUUACUGCUCGCUCAGCCUCUCAGGAGUUACUCUCGCCUCACAAUGUGCAACAGAAAGAAGAGAAGAAAGCUCAAAGCAUGGAAGACAUCAAUGAUUCCAUUUCCUGCGAACAAGCUCCCUCCUCCAUGUCUACUGAAGAAGAAGAACACCUUGAAAACAGUGAAGAAAGACGAGCUUCUUGUUCAACGAUCGCACUUGAUGAUGCCUUGCCACCAGUCGCCAGAAGCCUGUCAGACACAGAUAUUGAUGUCCAUUUGUGAGCUGACGACGAUGCCGGACGUGUUCCUGGAAGACAUUCCUUUCAACGGACCUCUGACCUCCCACUCUUGCACACAUUAACACGCGAUACUGUGUGACAAAACGGAGUAGAGAAAAUACUCAAGAUGCUGACUCGACUUGAAAUCAUUAGAGCCUUGCAGUGUCUUGUACUACACUAAACUCAAAUGCACAUACACGUUGGGUGUAACACAACACAAUAUAUUACAACACAUUACAAAACAGGGCGGCACAGCACGGGGGUUAGUGCAUGUGCUUCACAAUACAAAGGUCCUGGGUUCGAUCCCCAGGCUUGGGAUCUUUCUGUGGGGUGUUUGCAGGUUCUCCCCCGUGACUGUGUGGGUUCCUUCCGGGUACUUCCU